CGAGCAGAUGGCCCCCUUUCACUUUUAUUGGAUCGGAAAGUGAUUCCACGUUGGGGUGUUUUUUGUAAAACGGGCUAGACUUGGAUAAAGCAGGACAAUAGUUUACCUCCCCUCCCCUCAGACUGCAGCAUCCCCCUAAAGAAAACACGGAGGGCUUGCGUGAGAACUGACGGAAACCUCUUUGUGCAAGGAAAGCAAACUCCUGCACUCCCACCCUCCGCCCCAGGCACAGUCACCACCUCCUCGGGUCCCUCCCUCCUCCACCACCGCUAACCUGUCUGAAGGACUGCAGGGUGUUCUCGGCCUCCUCCCUCUGAAGCAUCUCCUCUUGCAGCCUGGAAGGGGCAAGACGGCGGUGAGGAGGGAGCGGGGGUCCCCCAAAUCCCCCCGCCCAGCCUCCCGCCCGCCCGGUACCGCUCGGGAUGCUCCAGGGCCACCUCCGCGCCAGGGGACAGGGCGGCAGGGAGGCAGCGGGACACGGCGGCAGCCCCAACCCGCCUUCCCCCGGGACACUCACUUCUCCCGCAGCCGCAUGAUGUCGUCGGCAAGGUUGUCCCGCUCCACUUCCACUCGUGCCUUGUCGUUCGUGAGCUGGUCCACCUGUCGCCGCAGCUCCCGCAUCUCCUCCUCGUAGAGGUCGCCCAGGCGGGACGUGCCCUUGCCCUUGAGCUGCUCCAGCUCGGCCAGCAGGAUCUUGUUCUGCUGCUCUAGAAAGCGCACCUUGUCGAUGUAGUUGGCGAAGCGGUCAUUAAGCUCCUGCAGCUCAACCUUCUCGUUGGUGCGGUUUGCCUUGAACUCCGUGUUGAUGGCGUCGGCCAGGGAGAAGUCCACGGAGUCGUGGAGCCGCAUGGGCGGCAUGCUGCUCCGCAGCCGCACCGACGUCGUCUUGGUGGCGUACAUGCCGCCGGGCGAGGCGGACACGUACCGGGCGCUGCUGGGCCGCAGGGCGCUGCCCAGCGAGUACCGGCUGCUGGACGUGAUGUAGCGGGUGCCGGUGCUAGGGCGGCUGCCCCCGCCGAACAUGCGCCGGUACGAGGAGUUUUUCGUGCUGAUGCUCAUAGCGACAGCGGCGCGGGCUUUGUAAUCCGGGAGUGGAGCGGGACGACCAGGGCGUGCGGCAAAGAAGGGCGGUGGCUGCGGCCAGGGCCCCUUCUUAUGGGCGCCGCGAACCCGCCCCGCGGACCCGCCCCGCCCCGCCCCGCCCGCGGGGAAGGGGCGGCGGCCGCGGACACAAAGGCGGCGAGCGGGGCGGCUGGGCUCGGCCGGCGGGGCGCGGAGGAGUGAGCGUGGUGGCUGCAAGAAGGAGCUGGCAAGUUUAGUGUCACAGGCCUGGCAAAAUAGUCCGAAUAACUUAUUAAAACCCCUCUAUAGAUAACUUUAAACUUGAGUGGCUAAAACAUGAUUCACAUUCUGAAAUUCUGCACUGAUGCAUCAGCUUGCAGUCCUGCAGGAAGAAAUCUCUUCACUGGAAGUUCUGAUAAACCUGAACAGUGGGUAGAGAAAAAGGUAAUCUUCACACCCCAAUUCACAGUAGUCAGCUAUUGUACUUCAGAAAGCUGCACAUAUGCAGAAGUUGUAGCUGCUGUUGAUGUGAAUACUCUUGCCAAUGAUGUUUAUAAGCACAACUUUCCCAGCACACCGUUAUGGGCAAAGACUAUUGAGGGCAUAACACUGAAAGAAUUUGACAGAUUAUCUUUUGAUAUGAUUUUGAUGAGUCCUCCCUGUCAGCCUUUUACAAGAAUUGGCCUGCAAGGUGAUGUGUCUGAUCCACGGACCAAGAGCUUUCUCUAUAUCCUUGAUAUUCUCCCAAGGCUUCAGAAGCUUCCAAAAUAUCUACUUUUAGAAAAUGUUAAAGGAUUUGAAUCCUCUUCUGCAAGAAAUGAACUUUUGCAAACACUAGCAACAUGUGGAUUUCAAUAUCAGGAAUUUCUCUUGUCUCCAACAUGUCUUGGCAUUCCCAAUUCUAGGCUGCGGUAUUUUCUAAUUGCAAAGCUUCACCAAGAACCAUUUUCCUUUCAAGCUCCUGGUCAAAUAUUGACAAGAUUCCCAGAUCAGGAUCCAGAAAAUUUACUUAAGGAAAAAGUUGCUGACAAAGUGGGUGAAACCAGUUCUUUGUCCUCUGAGGAGAAGAAUCUGGAUCCAAACAUUGGUCCAGAUUGCAGCAGCAAGAAGAGUUUACCAAAAGGGGCCUUUCUGUUUAAGCUUGAAACAGUAGAAGAGAUGGAAAGAAAACAUAAUCAGGAUAAUGAUUCCUCUAUUCAAAUGCUACAAGACUUCUUGGAAGAGGAAAAUGAAGAAAUGAGUCAAUAUUUCUUACCACCAAAGUCCUUACUGCGCUAUGCUCUCUUGUUAGACAUUGUUAAACCCACCUGCCGGAGAUCCACGUGCUUUACAAAAGGGUAUGGACACUAUGUAGAAGGGACCGGCUCUGUUCUGCAGACAGCAGUAGAUGUACAGCUUGAAUCAGUGUUUAAACACAUUGAUGAGUUACCAGAAGAAGAGAAGCUUACGAAAUUGUCAACAUUAAAACUGAGGUACUUUACCCCAAGAGAAAUAGCAAAUCUUCAUGGAUUCCCUUUGGAAUUUGGUGGAAGCAAAUGUACUUUACCUCACAGUUGGAGUAAGGUAAGAGUGCAAACAAGGACAGAGCAGACCAACUGGCUGCUUGAAACUGCUUCACUCUCAGAAGCCUGGGAGUCAGUACACAGCACAGCCCUUUCACAAUACCUGGGCUGGUGUCAUUUUUGCUGGCUCUCCCUUCUUUCUGCCAGGCCAUGCAUUUACUAGGGGAAGGACAUUUCUGGUGCUGACUGUAUUUCUGAGAGUGUUUAAUGGGGUCAGCAUUGAAUUACAUGGAAAAUUGUUCAACUGCUUGAUCACUCACUGAAUAAGCCUUGCUCAUUGUUUAAUCUGUAUGGGUGGUAUAUUGCACUGAGAGAUGGGAUUUGCCUGAGCUGUUCAAGGGGAUCAUGUGGGAAGAACAAUAUAAAGCUUAUUGAGAUGUGCAGUUUAGUCCAUCUGCAGAAUUGUUGCAUUUUCUUUCUGAUAUGGUCAUGUUCUUCUGUGGAUGUUAUCUAGAUUAGCAGUUGUGCAGGGAUUUAGUGCCACUGCCCCUCCCUGAGACUGCUGGAUGUUUUGAGCUCUCUGAAGGGAAGGUGGAUCGGCAAUAGUUACACAACAGAGGAAUGUUUUGAAGCUUCUUGUGAAACCUUAGAGAUGGCAGUAUUGAUAAUAGAAGAACUGAUACAAAUCCAGUGAAUUGCUUGUGAAUUGGUUUUGUAACCUUGUGAAUUUUUCGGGGGCUGGAGGGAGGGUGAAUCCUGCUGCAAUCUGUGAUAACUGCACUAAGAAGUGUUCACAGAAAAAAAAAUUUAGACUAAAAAGUAGGAGCAAGCCCAGACUAGUGAUG